AUGAUUCCAAGUAGCACUACAAUUAAUUCUAAAAAAGUUAGUUUUGAAGAGUUAAAUGAGAGUGAAAAACGGAUUAAAAUGAUUAACUCAAUCACAGAGUUCAAUGAAGAAAGUGAAGCAAAGUCAAGAACAAGAAAAUUAGUUGAUUAUAUUAGAACCACAAAACCAAAAGAAAUCAUUGUCAUUCUACAACAACACGAGAAAGUAGUUAGAAUGGCAGAACAUAUUAAUAAACAACUUGAAAUAAUUAAUUCAUAUCUGAAAAGAAUUCAUGAAGAACCAAGUUAUACUCUCAUGACAUACCAAGAAAAACGAACAGAAGAAAUAAUUUGUAAAGAGAAGUCAUUUGACAAUUUUAUUGAAAUAAUAAAACAAAGUAUUCAAGUUUGUCCUGAACAAUCUUUCUUUAAUUACUUUUUUCCAACUAGUCAAUUUACAUUAACAAAAAUACCUCCUAAAUGUGAUUUAGUAAUACAAUACUCCUAUCACUAUGAAAUUAAUGAUCAAAUGAAAAACACUAUCAUUAACAAUCUCAACCAAAAACCAUAUUUUAUUUUCCAAUGCAUUCAUCCUAAUAAAUUCUAUGAUGAUCCAUUUGUGAUGUUAAAUUACAACGAUUUACCACUACUCCAAAAUGGUUUAAUUCCACCAUCGUACAUACAAGGAAAUUGUAUGGAAGAAGUUACAAAACUCGAAGGAGUUCUUAUUACACCAAUAUUUGAGGAAUAUGAGAAGAUGAGAAUAUUUGCAAGUAGAACAAAAGAAUACAGAGUUAUUCCAUGUCAAAUUACAAUGAAGAAUAUUAUCAAUGAUAAAGGAAAAAGAACUACUAUCAAAGGAAGUAUAAAAGUUGACAACAAUGAUAUUCCUAUUGUAAUCAAACAAUACAAACAAAGUGAAUAUUUUUAUAAUGAAAGUUAUUUGGAUUAUCUUGAUUCCAUUGGAUUAUUAGUCAAAGCAUCAGAACAAUACAAUAAAUAUGUUGAUAUGUAUAAUAGUCGACUUAAAGAUGAGAAAGUACAUCGAAUGAAACGAGUAAAAUGUGAAGGAAGUCAGAUGUUUGUUGUAACAAAUCAAAUGAAUCAAGGAGGAACAUUACGACUUAAAGAAGUGAAGGAUUUGAUUGAUAAAAAGGAAAAAAUGAUAAUUGAAAUGUAUCAUGAAGAAGCAGAAACACAAAUAAUUCAAGCAAUCAACGAAGAAGGAAGUGGAAUUAGAGAUAAAUUAGGAAUAAAAAGUAUGGAAGUUUAUGGAGGUGUUUUAAGUGUAGAAGCAUUCAACCAUUUUCUGUGGUGUCAAAGCAGUGAAAGUGUUAGUGAUUUGGUGAUAAUGAAAAAUGUAUUUGUUAUACUAACAAACAAUGAAUACACUAUAAUUAAAGCAGAAGUUAUUCAUAGCAAACCAAGUAAAUAUUAUUUCAUUCAAUAUUCUGAUGAAUUUGAUACUGUAAAGAAUAUUUUUAUCACAAACCAUCAUUGUCAAACAAUAUGUACUAUGUUUAAAAAGUCUGAAGAUGAAAAUAGAGAUAUUGAUUAUGAAACUAAUGACAAAUACACUACUCAAUUUAUUCAUUGA